CACUCCGCUUCCGGCCGCUCUCGCUUUCGGCCGCACCCGCGCCCGCCCCGCGCCUGCCCCGCGCCGCAUGGAGGGCGCAGGGCCCCGGGGGGCCGGGCCGGCGCGGCGCCGGGGAGCCGGGGGGCCGCCGCCGCGGUUGCUGCCGCCGCCACCGCUGCUACUGCUGCUCUGGCUGUUGCCCGGCCCCGCGGCGCCCCAGGAGCUGAGCCCGCGCGGCCGAAACGUGUGCCGAGCGCCCGGCUCCCAGGAGCUCACCUGCUGCAUCGGCUGGAGGCAGCAGGGGGACGAGUGUGGGAUCGCGGUGUGCGAAGGCAACUCCACGUGCUCGGAGAACGAGGUGUGCGUGCGGCCGGGCGAGUGCCGCUGCCGCCAUGGCUACUUCGGGGCCAACUGCGACACCAAGUGCCCGCGCCAGUUCUGGGGUCCCGACUGCAAGGAGCUGUGUGUUUGCCACCCGCACGGGCAGUGCGAGGACGUGACGGGCCAGUGUACGUGUCACGCGCGGCGCUGGGGCGCACGCUGCGAGCAUGCGUGCCAGUGCCAGCACGGCGCGUGCCAUCCGCGGAGCGGCGCGUGUCGCUGCGAGCCUGGCUGGUGGGGCGCGCAGUGCGCCAGCGCGUGCUACUGCAGUGCCACGUCGCGCUGCGACCCACAGACGGGCGCGUGCCUGUGCCACUCAGGCUGGUGGGGCCGCAGCUGCAACAAUCAGUGCGCCUGCAACUCGUCGCCGUGCGAGCAACAAAGCGGCCGCUGCCAGUGCCGCGAGCGCACGUUCGGCGCGCGCUGCGAGCGCUAUUGCCAGUGCUUCCGUGGCCGCUGCCACCCGGUGGACGGCACGUGCUCGUGUGAGCCCGGCUACCGGGGCAAGUACUGCCGCGAGCCGUGCCCUGCUGGCUUCUACGGCCUGGGCUGCCGCCGCCGAUGCGGUCAGUGUAAGGGCCAGCAGCCAUGCACGGUGGCGGAGGGCCGCUGCCUGACUUGCGAGCCCGGCUGGAACGGCACCAAAUGCGACCAGCCGUGCUCCACUGGCUUCUACGGCGAAGGCUGCGGCCAUCGCUGCCCGCCGUGUCGCGACGGACACUCCUGCAACCACGUCACUGGCAAGUGCACGCGCUGCAACGCGGGCUGGAUCGGUGACCGGUGUGAGACCAAGUGCAGCAAUGGCACUUACGGCGAGGACUGCGCGUUCGUGUGCGCUGACUGUGGCAGCGGCCACUGCGACUUCCAGUCGGGACGUUGUCUGUGCAGCCCGGGCGUCCACGGGCCCCACUGUAACCUGACAUGCCCACCGGGACUCCACGGCGUGGACUGCGCCCAGGCCUGCAGCUGCCACGAGGACUCUUGCGACCCGGUCACCGGUGCCUGCCGCCUCGAGACCAACCAGCGCAAGGGCGUGAUGGGUGCAGGCGCGCUGCUCGCCCUGCUCCUCGGCCUGCUGCUUUCGCUGCUCGGCUGCUGCUGCGCCUGCCGCGGCAAGGACCCGGCGCGCGGGGAGCUCACGCUUGGGAGAAAGAAGGCGCCGCAGCGCCUGUGCGGGCGCUUCAGCCGCAUCAGCAUGAAGUUGCCCCGGAUCCCGCUCCGCAGGCAGAAGCUGCCCAAAGUCGUAGUGGCCCAUCACGACCUGGAUAACACACUCAACUGCAGCUUCCUGGAGCCACCCUCCGGGCUGGAGCAGCCCUCGCCAUCAUGGUCCUCCCGGGCCUCCUUUUCCUCCUUUGACACCACGGAUGAAGGCCCUGUGUACUGCGUUCCCCAUGAGGAGGCGGCAACGGAGAGCCGGGACGCAGAGGCCCCCACCGCCCCUGCCUCCGCUGAGACGCUGGCGCAGUCCCCUGCGCCGGUGGCCACGCCGGCGCCCGCGGAGGAGGCGACGCCCCUCCCUGCGUCCUCCGACAGUGAGCGGUCGGCGUCAAGCGGGGACGGGCCGGGAGGGGCGCUGUAUGCGCGCGUGGCCCGGCGCGAGGCCCGGCCGGCCCGGGUCCUGGGCGAGGCCCGAGGCUUGUCGCUUUCGCCAUCGCCCGAGCGCAGGAAGCCGCCGCCACCCGACCCCGCCACCAAGCCCAAGGUGUCCUGGAUCCAUGGCAAGCACGGCGCCGCCGCCGCGGCCCGUGCGCCCUCGCCGCUCCCCGCGGGCCCCGAGGCUGCGCCCAGCCCCAGCAAGAGAAAACGGACGCCCAGCGACACAUCGGCGCGGCCAGAGGAGCCCGGCAGCCCCAGGGCCCGCGACCCGACGCCGCGGCACCCGGGGCUGGCUGAGGAGGGGCCGGCCCUCGCCUCGCCCUCGCCGCCCCGGGCUCGGGCACGGGGCCGCGGCCCCGGCCUCCCAGAGCCAACGGACGCUGGCGGUCCCCCGCGCAGCGCGCCCGAGGCCGCCUCCAUGCUGGCCGCCGAGCUACGUGACAAGACUCGCAGCCUAGGCCGCGCCGAGGGGGCCUUAGGCACGCAGGGCCCCCGGGAGAAGCCCGCGCCGCCGCAAAAGGCCAAGCGCUCGGUGCCUCCUGCCUCGCCGGCGCGCGCGCCCCCUGCUCCUGAGGCCCCAGGGCCGGAGAAGGCGGCGGCUGGCGUUCCUGGAACCGAUACCCCUCGAAAGAAGACCCCCAUCCAGAAGCCGCCGCGCAAGAAGAGCCGGGAGGUGGUGGGCGAGCCAGGCCGGGCAGGCGCACCCACCCUGUAGUAGGGCUGCCCGGCCGUGCCUGCAGCUUCCCUGGCUUAGCAGCGCUGCUUGCCACCCCGCGUCCCGCGCCACCCAGCGUCUCCCGCCGGGGCUCAGCCCGGAGCGCCUGGCGGGAGCCUGCGUUCUCACUGGCGCAGGCUCAGGGGCCCUCCCAAAUGGGGCCCUGUGUUCGGGCAGGAAGCCCCAUUCCAGUGGCCAAGGCCUGACAGACGCUUCGCUGGCCCCUCCCUUCCCAUGGCCUAGCUGCGGAGGGCUCGCACCAGCCCGGGUCUCAAAGGCUAAGGACCUGAGGGUUCUGCCUAGAAAACAGCUCUUACUGGCCCAGAGUGCCUUGGCUGGGGCCACCUUCUCUUGGCUGAGGCCAGAAGCACUUCCACCCUGGCUGCCUCUUACUGGCCAGGGCCUGGCGCCUCUGGCUGGAGGCUUCCUUCCACCACCCUAGCCAGAGGCUGCUUCCACAGCUGAGCUCCAGGGCAUCUGGUUGACCAGAUCCUGGGGAGGAGGGCUGGUCUCUGCUCCUCAGGGGGUUUGGCUGUCCCCCUCCUUCCCCCAACAUGCUCUCCCAGCCCCAGCCUCCCCAGCCCUGACCCCUCAGCUGUCGAGCUGGUUUUGAUGGCCUCCCACCACCCCACACGCCUGGGAAUCCUAGGGGCGACUCCAGUGGCCUGAGGAGACAUAUUUAUAGGCCCCCGGCAGGGCUGCUCCCACCCCAUCCGGGCGCCCCAGGAUGGGCUUCUCCCGGCCGGGGCUUGGCCAAAGCUUACUUAAUAAAGUGCCUUUCCCCACUGUG